GGGAUUAUGCAAGUAAACCUGUGAGUUCAAUCUGUGGCUGGCUGCUAAUACCUUUUAAAGAGGUUUGCAGUGGACAGCUCCAUUCUGGGCCGCUAAUACUGCAUGUAAAUAUCCAUCUCUGCAGCGUAGGAGAGGCAUUCACAACACCUUUCUCUUGUCAAAAGGCCAGAUAUUUGUUGAGCUAUUAUUUUGUUUUACUCCGUCCGCCUUCAUAGAGGAAAUACUUUUUUUUUUUUUUUUUUUUAACUUUGCUGACUUUCGUUCAACUGAAAGUAGGAGGUUAGACAGAUUACAGGUGCAGAGACAGGCAGGUCAUGAAAGGAAAAUUAAUAAUAUACCAAUAUGCUUCUGGACGUCAACGGUAAAAUGGUUUUAGCUACAGAAGAAUGUGUGGGACCGAUGAGACUGACUCAGGAGCCAAUUCAGGUCCUACUGGUGUUUGCUAAGGAGGACAGCCAAAGUGAUGCUUUCUGGUGGGCCUGUGACCGUGCUGGGUUCCGUUGUAACAUCGCAAGGACUCCUGAGUCUGCCGUUGAGUGUUUCCUGGACAAACAUCAUGAGAUUAUAGUCAUUGAUGGACGCCACUCUCGCUACUUUGAGCCUGAAGCUGUUUGUCGGUUACUCCGUGCCACAAAACCCUCUGAAAACACAGUUAUUCUUGCUGUUGUGCCACAAAAACCGCCAGACCAGGACGAGCCAUCUGUUCUUCCUCUUCUCUGUGCCGGGUUUAGCAGAAGGUUUGUGGAGAACAGCAGUGUGUCCGCGUGCUAUAAUGAGCUCAUACAGAUAGAACAUGGAGAGGUUCGAUGCCAGUUCAAACUCAGGGCUUGUAAUUCAGUCUUCACUGCUUUGGAUCAUUGUCAAGAAGCUGUGGAGAUCACUAGUGAGGACCAUAUAAUACAGUAUGUGAACCCAGCAUUUGAGCGAAUGAUGGGCUACCACAAGGGAGAGUUGAUCGGGAAGGAACUGACUGAACUGCCCAAGAGUGACAAGAACAGAGCAGACCUGUUGGACACCAUCAACACCUGUAUCAAAAAAGGAAAGGAAUGGCAGGGUAUUUACUAUGCCAGGAAGAAGUCAGGUGACAGUAUCCAGCAGCAGGUGAAGAUAACGCCCGUCAUUGGUCAAGGAGGGAAAAUUCGACACUUCGUAUCCAUUAAGAGACCUCACAUUGACAACAACAACCAGGUUCACAAGUUCAACAAGGAGGAGAAAUACAGCGGAGAACAUUCCCAGUCAGAGUGCCAUUCUUUACGUCACCGCGACAGGAGGAAAGAUUCAAUUGAUGCCAGGUCACUCAGCUCCCGCAGCAGUGACGCUCCCAGUUUACAGAACAGAAGAUAUUCCUCUGUCGCCAGGAUUCACUCCAUGACAAUUGAGGCUCCCAUCACCAAGGUGAUAAAUAUCAUCAAUGCAGCCCAGGAGAGCAGUCCGGUUACGGUGGCAGAGGCUCUGGACCGUGUGCUGGAGAUCCUCAGGACCACUGAGCUCUACUCCCCUCAACUCGCCUCGAAAGAAGAUGACCCCCAUACCAAUGAUCUGGUCGGGGGGCUCAUGAGUGAUGGGCUGCGGAGACUCUCUGGGAAUGAAUAUGUCUUCUCAAAAAAUAUGAGCCAGAGCCAGCUGGCCAUCCCUGUUACUCUGAAUGAUGUGCCUCCAUCCAUUGCUGAGAUGCUGAAUGAUGAAGAGUGCUGGGAGUUCAAUAUCUUAGAGCUGGAGGCAGCUACACAUAAGAGACCACUGACUUACCUUGGCCUGAAGAUCUUCACAAGCUUUGGAGUGUGUGAAUUCCUCAACUGCUCUGAAUCCACCCUGCGCUCUUGGCUACAGCUGAUGGAGGCCAGCUACCACUCCUCCAACUCCUACCACAACUCUACACAUGCUGCCGAUGUGCUACACGCUACUGCCUACUUCCUUCGAAAAGAGAGAGUGAAGAGUAGUCUGGACCAGCUGGAUGAGGUUGCAGCGCUGAUAGCAGCUACGGUGCACGACGUGGAUCACCCAGGCAGGACCAACUCGUUUUUGUGUAACGCUGGUAGUGAACUGGCAAUUCUCUACAACGACACCGCAGUGCUGGAGAGCCACCACGCAGCGCUCGCCUUCCAGCUCACUGUCCGAGACAGCAAGAGCAACAUCUUCAAGAACAUCGAAAGGAAUCAGUUCCGGACACUUCGGCAGGCCAUCAUCGACAUGGUUCUGGCCACAGAGAUGACCAGACACUUUGAGCACGUCAGCAAGUUUGUCAACAGCAUCAACAAGCCGAUGGCCGCUAUAGAAGAGACCAGCACAAGUAGUGUGAACAGUGACUGUGAAGGUCAGGCUAACAUCAGAAACUCUCCAGAGAAUCGACUGUUGAUCAAGAGAAUGCUGAUAAAGUGUGCAGAUGUAUCAAACCCCUGCAGGCCGCUGGAGCUCUGCAUCGAGUGGGCCGGACGGAUCUCUGAGGAGUACUUUGCGCAGACGGAUGAGGAGAAGAGACAGGGGCUGCCGGUGGUGAUGCCAGUGUUUGACAGGAACACCUGCAGUGUCCCUAAAUCUCAGAUCUCCUUCAUAGACUACUUCAUCACCGAUAUGUUUGACGCCUGGGAUGCCUUCGCCAGUCUACCUGGUCUCAUGGAGCACCUGUCAGAGAAUUACAAGUACUGGAAAGGCUUGGACGAGAUGAAGUGUAAGAGCCUGCGUCCUCCUCCUCCUUCUUGACCGAUUCUUAGUCACCUCUUCUCAUCCAUCACUCUGAGCGGGAGGGGACGGUGCACACGACCCUGCGGGGGAACAAUUAGUCUCUUCAGCUGUGAUUUGAUGGAGCUCUGCGCCCUCCUAAGCACCCUGGACACAUUAAGAGCCUGAGGUAGGGCAUCGGGGACUCUGAGAGCAGACUGAUGAACGCUGAGACGCUGUUUCCAUCUCAAAUCACAGCCUCUUUUCUUGCGUGGUCGUAUCUGGAGGCGGAGAGUAGGUUGUCAUUUGAGGCCCCUGUUAACUCUGUCGCCACUUUACGGCCCUUUUCAAGUAUUCUGAACGGCACAUCUGUGAAACUGUGUGGACCUCACGGCUCACCUGACAAUCUGUACCGUACAGUGUAACACACCAGAAACCUGCACUUUAGCCAAUCAAGAUGUUUUAACUUUGAGCUCCCACUUGCUUGUUUUGCUUUAAAUUUUUUGUCUCUGUUUUUAAUUUUACUCAUAAAACAACUUGUCAUUCACUUAUCUGUCUUUUUGAGGUACUAAAAAAGAAAGAUGGUGACCAAAGCUAGGAACAUUGAUUGAUAAAUAAGCAUUUUGUUGACCUUUCUUUUUCCUUUUCCUAUUGCCAACUUGUGAAGGGGCUCAGCUAUAAUUAAUAUCUGAUGAGCGAUGAUUUUAUUUGUGUUUGGGAAGAAACUCCUGGCAAUCAGAGAUGUACUGGCCUCUACAGAUGUCUAACCUGUUCGACAAAUACAACAUACUAAAGGAGAGAAGGGGCAGUUGGCCUGAUUUGGGACCAGUCAGCACUUGAUACACAGAAAUACAGCUGAAAAAGGGCUGCGCUUGUAAAGACUGCUAGACAGGAACAUUAUGUAGCUACAUAGAGGGUGCUGUCUCACCCCGGCAAUUAUAUUUCAGAACAAAUGAACAGAUUGCACUGUAUCAGAGCUUUUUUUAGUCCUAGGUGAUAUUUUCACCAAGCGAUAAUACAAAGACAGAACACAAACUGUAGACUUAUGCCGCCAAAAAUCAAAUAUGAUGAGAUUCUGAACUAUAUAGCAUCCUCCUGGAGCUAUGCUGGCUUUUUCAGUCUUAAGUCGUGUUGUUAAAGUAGCAUGUAGGUGGGUUUGAAUGAGGAAUGGACCUCAUCGCAGCCCGACAGAUGUACGGCUGCAGAUCCACUGUCCGUCUGCUGUAAAUCAACUCCAACUCACUCAUAGUUCAUUAAACUGUAUUUUUACCUCCAUUCCUAAAGCUCUAAUUCAUUCAUCCAUCUUGCAGCCAGACUUGUAGACUGAUAGGUUUGUAGAAUAUGCUUGCCCUCUGGUGGCUAAAUACGGGUGUUGCAGAAAUGAGACAGUUACGAAAAGGAUGAGGAUGAGUCAUAUUUUCAGAAAAUGAAUUACCUCCCUUUGAAUGGGAUGAGAAAAGACAAUGAUUUAUUAAAGUCAGCUUUUAUUUAACUAGUAAUUACAUACUUUGGUGUUGAAGCAGUGUUAUUUCCCUUUUAAAGUCAGCUGUUAAAUGCAUUCCUAUUCUUUCAGAGCACUUUUUAACACACAGGCAGUAUUGGAAAGCACUAUUAAAGGAGCACACAUCAAGACAGUUUGAUCCAAAAUUAAUGGCAAUGAUUGGUAAGAGGUACAGAUAUAUGUGUACUACUUGGCCAUGACUGAAGUAGGAGGAUAUGUUGCUUUGUGUGUGUACAUGUGUGUUAAUCCAGGAAACACACAUUGCAGUAUUUACCAAAGGCACAGAGAGCUCUUUACAGGUGCCUUAUUCUUCAGUCGUAUUUACAGAAACAAAAGUAUUUUCAGUUUAUCGUUUAAUGAAAAAAACAUAAUCAACCCACAAGAGAAGCCAUAGAUUUAAGGAAACCUUUUUAGAGUAAGCUAGUUUGACUUUGGGAAUGUUGCUUCAUGGUGUGUGCUACAGUUAUGAUGAGUCAGUGUGUCGAUUGUUCUGUCACGAUGUGGUCCUGACAUUUGAUCACUUUUUUUUUUUUUUUAGAAGUCACUGAAUCAGGUACAGUAGGAGCUGAUCAUGUGUCAAGUCAUGGUGUCAUUUCACUUCCUGUUUUAAAGAGACAGAACUGAUCCCACCUAUGUUCAGUGUAUUUAUGAUGAUGAUGAUGUAGUCUUUUAUUUUUUCUUCAAUGAUCCAGGUAUUAAUCAACGCCUUAAUCCUGCCAUGUUUCACUGUCUAGGUCUGCUAUUGUUACGACACACUGUAAACUACCUAAUGUACCUGCUGAUCUUGUAAAUACUCAGCUAAUAUAUUACUUUGCUUUGCGUUACACAUAAUUUGCUUUUUUGACUGUUAUAUGUUGCAGCGAUGAUUUCCAAAAACUCUAUAAUAAGAUUUGCAUUUUUUACAUUGAUUUGAAAUGUGGCUCCAACUCUGAAUGUUUCAUGACAGCUCUUAAUGAUCAUGAGAAGAUAUUUUUGCUAGUGAACGACAAAGAUUUCUAUUCACAAAGACGAUUUAGAUAUUUCAAAUUUACACGUCAGACAAAUAUGCCUUUUCCUGUGAGCGGUAUGACUGGAUUGUGAUGACUUCGAUUAGAGCAGUGUCGGCUCGCUCUGAGUCCACUGAGGCAGAACCACAUUAUGUAACUGCUUGUUAUAUCAUGAUAAGCCUUCAUCACUUACAGUGAUUUCCUCUCCUUCAUCUCUGACACACACGGCAGCAGACAACGUGCCAAUUAUGUGGUGUUUUGUAUCAUUUAUAAAAAAAAAAAGAAUAAUAAUUACAAUGAUGUUAUAUACAGUGCAAACUAUUUUUCAAAUGAAAAAGCUAUAAUUAUUGGCCAUGAGAAACUGUAACUUGUGUUGGAAAAGAUUUUUUUGUCUCAUGCAUUGUAGUGACAACGCUUUGCAUCAGAGCCACUGAAAAAUCUUUGACAAAUUUAAUGUAUUUUGCUCUCUCUGGAUCAUGAUGUCUUAUUUUGAUGUUCUCUGUUAAUCACAGAAAUGUAUUGUGAGAGACAAUUAAAGUUUUCUUUAAAUA